ACAGCGCACUCCAGUCAAAUAUGGCGGGGAAUUUGGCUUUCUUCUUGACAACCCAAACAAGCUUAUUAAAUUCAUGUUAAAUUGUUGUUUCUUUCCUAGUUUAAGCGUAAAAAAUGCCUCCCCUAAACUGGAAAAGAAUAAUGAGGGUGAAUUUGGACAGCUUAGAGCAAAAUGAAGAGGAGUUUGAAAUUAUAUAUAAUAUUCUAACGGAGGGGAACUUUGAUCCGGAUGCCGCCCAAGAUGUCCGCAAGAUGGAAAAAUUAUUUGACCUUUCAAAAAUGAUAAUGAGAGUGAAGGCCACAGAGGCGGAAGUCGCUGGCGAAGAAAUUGAAAGUUUGAAAAAACGUUUUCAGGGUCGAGUUGAUCGUCUGGAGUCAGAAAUUCACCACUUACACAAACAUGCUGGAGGUGGCGAGCAAUCUUUUAUUCGAGAAAUACAACUUCUGGAAGAUCGCAACCACGAUUUGGAAAAGGCAGUUGUUAAUAAUGAGAGGGAACUCGAAGAGGAGAGAAAGAACAACAAACAAAUGUCAAUCAAGAUCAAAGAAUUGGAGAAGUUGAACAAGGAUUAUAAACAAGAGGUUGAGAGUUGCAAGACCAGUAUUUAUGAUUACCAACGUCAGAUAGAGCAACAACGUCAAAACGUGGUCACUCAACAUGGAGGAGAUGCUGCGCUUCAAUCGAAACUUGGUGAAAAGAAUCGGGAUCUCAAUAAAUAUCUUGAUGAAAUAAGGUCGUUGUCAGAGGCCAAUGCAGAAUUGGAAGAGAAAUUGGAAGAUGUGGGUACAGACCUGAAGGAGUCGGCGAUUGAGAUGGACAAAAUGACUGAAGAGUAUACGAAAUUGAAGACGGUUCUGCAGCAGACCGAUCAGAUUCUCGAAGAGAUGCGUAAAGAGAGAGACGUUUCAAGAGCACAGGUGCAAGAUUUACGCGAUCAAGUGGCAUCAAAAACGGACAACGAUGAAGCCAUUCUUUCCGCUGUGAACUCCAAAGUUGAAGAAUGGAAGAUGGUGAUCGCUAGUAAAGAUGAGGAAAUCGCCAAUUGUCGUCGAACAAUUGAAGAUCUUCGCAGGCAGGCGUCAAUUUCUCAGAUAGAUACCGACAAGCAAACAAUUGCUGCUUUACGCCGUGAACUUGCCGAAAAGAACGAGCAUGUGGAUUCUCUUGAGCAAAAACUGCAAGAUGUCUCCAGUGAAAUGAAAGAAAUAACCGAUCAAAUUGAAAACAUAAAACAACAAGCUGAUAAAGGUUUACCUUCGGCCUACCAGCAGAAACAGAUCAACGAGCUUCACUCAACGUUGGACCGCGAGAAGAUGGCCGCGACCCUUGAGCGCAAUCGCAUCAAGUUGACGGAGAAAGCCGUGGCGGAGAAGGAUAAAGAGCUGAAUGAACUGGUGACGAGGCUGAUGCGCUAUGAACGAGGCGAAUAUGGUCUCUCGCAGGCCGUACAGGAGAUCAAAGAUUUGAAGGCUAACCUGAGAAUUCGAGACGAAAAAAUCAUAGAUUUGACGUCACAAAUAAACAAGGUUGGUAUUGCCGUCAACGAUGUGGAAGCUGAGAACGAGGAGUUGCGCGACAGACUGGGAAUGGAUCCCAGGGAGCCACUUGAUAUCGAGGCAGUCAAAGAAAAGAAAUUGAUCAAAACUGAGCAACAGGCGGCCCUCAAUCGUGUCUUGAGUAAAGAGAUUGAACGUCUUGAAGAGGAGAGACUGGAACUAAAACGAAAAUUGAGAAAACAAGCAUUGCAUCGUGGUCAGCGGGCUGUCGAGUUGGGUUUGACAGCUGAAGAUCUGGCCUUGGCCGAGUUGAGUGACGAUGGGGGGGAGGAGCGUCGUAUCGUAAAAACUAAAUCUGAACCAGCUCUUUCACCUCUGAAAGUGGACAACGAUCAACUUUCUGCGAACAACAAACGACUCAAGAAUGAAGCGGAAAAACAGGAAGUGGAAGUGAACAGCAUUAAGAUGAGGCUAAAAGCCCUCAAGACCGAGAACAAGGAACUUAAAGAUGAAAACCAUCAGCUGGAAGUCGGUUUACGAGAAUUACUCGGUCAGCUACGUGAGAGUCCAGUUUUCCAAUCAGACGGCGGCCAGGUUCUACUGCGCGUUCCUGCUCUAGAGAAACUUAUUGCAAUGUUCGAAUGUCGCAGCGCCACGGGACAGUACGACGUUCACGUCGAGCUACGAGCAAACCUCGAGCACAUGGCGGGUAGAAACGAAGAAAUACGCCAGGAGUUGCAGAAAGCACGUGACGAGAACACUAGCCUUGCGGUGGUCUUAGAUAAGAAAGACAGUAAGAUUACAAAAUUGGAAAAAGAAAUAUCAGAUUUACGCCACGCAGGUGAUGGUUUUAUGAAGAUCCAACCUUUAGUUUUACCCAAAGGAAUGACACCAUCAUCUAUAGAAGUCAUCGGCUGUUUGAAUGAGUAUCUUACACAAUCCAUACACGAAUGUUCAUUGAAAGAAACCAUGCUACAGAAACUAGAAGACGAACUCGAAAACUUCAAGCGAAAAUUUGCCGUGAUCAUUCAUCAGAAAGGUCUGCUCUAUGAAGAAUAUCUAAAAGAGAAGACGUGUUGGGAGGUGGACCUAAAAAAGCGGGAAGACGAAACCUCCGAGUUGAAACAACAACGUGAACACGACGGCGUACGACUUCUCGAAUACGAUCGUUUGUUGGAGAAUCUCACCACGGAUUCAGACACGCUGAAAAAACGCUUGGGCGAGCAGACGCGCAAAAUCACUGUGCUACGUGUGAACGAGAAGUCCCUCGCGAGACGAUACACGGCAAUGCAAGAGGUGGAAAGCUCUCUUCGUCGCGAGAACGAGAAACUAAAGAAGGAUAUUGUGGAUAUGGAGGGAUCUGUUAUGACUAGAUUAGGAUAUCUUGAGAGGUUUAGGGAAACCGCUGGCUACAAAAUGGCUGUUUUACAGAAAAGCCUGGACGAGAGCUGUCCCACGAGGGAGCUAGAGACGGUGAACAGAGAUUACAAUGAAUUGACCGCGAAGUAUCGGGAUCUUCUUCAAAGGGAAAACUUGUUAGUGGAGAGAUCGACCAAGCUUGAAAGCUUACAAUCUGACGUUAGCCAUCUACAAAUGGAGCGCGAGAAGCUGAUGAAGGAGCUUGAGACCGAAAAACAGAAAAGUCACACGCUGGAGCAAACACUCGCUGAUCUUCUUGGUAAAGGUGGGAAGACUGGUACUAGUGACGUAAGAGCGGAGGAAAUUAACAGUAUAUCAAGAAAAAUUGCGACUCUUGAGAUAAAGGAGUUAAACGAACGACAACGAGCAAGCCAUGCGACAAAGCGAUAUGAACAAGUACUAGGGAUGUUACAGAACAUCGAGGAACGCAAUGGGGAAUUGGAGAAUAAAGUGGAGGAGUUGACAAAAUUGAACAUGGAAGGUCAGAGGAUUGAACGGGAAUUGCGAUCUGAACUUGAAGGUGUCGUUACCAAGGAUCUUCAUGAUGCCAUGGUCAAUCGAUUACGUAAUCUCGAGGAAUCGGAAUCCAAGCUUAAGGUGGAAGUGAUGCGAUUAAAAGAGAUUUCGGAAGUUGCUUCGCACCAAGCGGAAGCUGUCCAAUCCCAACAGGAGUCACGUGACAAGGAGCUCAUGUCCCUGCGUAGGCAACUAUACGAUAUUCAAAUGGAAAAUGACGAUAAAACUGUCAUAGGUAAACUUCAUCAUCACAUCGUUGCAUUGCAAGUCAGCGAAGGAAUGGCGAUCAAAAAGUUGGAAACAGCCCAGUCGAAGGUGUCCAAACUUGACGCGCAUAUUUUACGUCUGGAAAAAAAAUUGGACGAGAAGGAUCAGGAUUUUUAUCAUGCGAAACUCGAGACGCGGAAUAAGGCCAGAUACCUGAAACAAACCAUCCAGGAUUUACGUCGACAGUUCAGUGGCUGCCUACCUCUUCUGAAGCAAGAGAGGUUUGCUGAUGCAAUGAGAAAUCUACAGGAAAGUAAAAUGGCAUUACAACAAGAUCUUGAUAAGGCUCAUGACGAACGAGAGCAAGCUUCUCUGAAACUAGCCGAACUUCAAAUGAAGCAUAAAAAUCUCGAGGAAUUGUUGGCUACAUUGAGGGAUGGCAAGGGUGCUGCGAAGGUCAUGGAAUGGCAGAAGAGGAUAGAAGAUAUAAGACUGGAGAAUCUAAAACUUAAUCGAAAUACAGGCAAACAGAAUGAACAAAUUAAGUUCUUGGAGAAUCUCAAUAGAACUCAGGAGCAUUCUAUCGUCAGACUUGAAGAAGAAAACGCGAAAAUAACGAAGCAACACGAAGAACGUACACUAAUGUGGGAUCAACGUGAAGUUGAGCUUGAGAGAACCAUCUCAAGAUUGGAGCAUCAACAGGCUGAAAUGGCCCAGGCUGCUUUGCGUUUUGAAGAGGCUACGGGUUCGGUCCCAGACCCAAAUCUUCCCAUUGCCAACCAACUGGAGGAAGCAACCAGACGUAUCAAAGAUCACGUGAAGAUUAUUGUGGGUUGCCGGCAUGAGAAUAGAACAUUGAAAACGCAAGUGGGUGAACUGAAACGCGCUCUAGACGAACACGAAACGAAAAACACACAAAACGCAAAGAUCAUCAACGAACUGCGACUAAGGUUACCUGUGACAGAAAGGCAACUCGUGGCCCAGCAGGUUGAGAACAUGGUAACUAAAUCCCCAGAUUAUGAAGCAAAGAAAGCUUUCCAGGUCGCUCAGUCAACAAUCGCGAGUUUACAAAAGAUGAUAAGCAAAAAGGAAGAAUCCAUUCUGAAAUAUCAAGAAUUAUUGAAGGAGUCACGUGACGAAAUGCAAGCUCAAACCCAGCAGCAUAAGGCCGAGGUCAAGCUUCUUCAAGAUCGCCUGCAACUCGAAGCUGACGAAGCAUUGCGAAAAUUCAAAGCUCAACAAAAUGAUGUAAUAAACAGUCACGUGGGAUCUAGACCCGGCAACAGAGAACUGAGACGUCUUUCCGAGCUCGAGGAGUUAACACUAGAGCAGGAGAAUGCUUUAGCUUCUGCAGCAGAGCGCUACCAGAGGUCCAGGAACGACAUUGGAAAGUUAAAGGUUCAGUACGAAGACAAAAUACAAGACAUUACGAAUAAGGCAGAAGUCACGAAGGAGAAAUUCACAACAAAAAUCACAGAGCUUGAAAACGAGUUGAGCUUGCGUGAGCAACAUUUACGUGAUCGUACGAAAGAGAACGAAGCGUUGACGGAAGAACUCGAGGCUGCUCGAGAGGCAAAUGAUCGCGCUCCAACGCGAGCUAUGAUCUUGCUUGAGCGUCUCCGUAAUCAACUCUUGAUCAAAGACAAGGAACAAAAGACGCUGAGUAAGGCACUUAGGCAGUUGCGGGCGGAUAUGGUAAACGCUGCUGAAGAAAACCUACGUGCGAACACCCAACUUGCGGGCGAAGAGGUCAACGUUCAAUUGAUUGUUGCGCGGGAAACUUCUGAACUGCGUGAAAGUGUCAAGGGAUUGGAAAGUAAACACGAAAAAAUGAAAACUGAAUUGAAGAAAUACAAAGAAAAGGAAGAAAAGUUAACCGAAGAAAAUAAUAAAUUGAAAAAGGAUAUCGAGAAGAAGAAUUCGUCUUUGUCUCAAAUGAACGAGGUAAAGGAUCACAACCUCGAUAAAUGCGAACAAAGUUUGAGAAAUGAAAAAAGAAAGAGACAGGAAUACGAGCAAAGAUUGAUUGAAAUGGAAACAAAGUUGAAAAUAUUAAAUGAUAAAAAUGAUGAAAAGGAACGUGAAGAAACUGAUGAUAGUAAAACGGAGGAGAAACAAAAGAUGCAGAAAGUCUCUGAGGAAGUUCUAAGAUGGGAAGAGGGGAAAAAGUGGCAACACAAAGUGGAAAACUUAAAGGUGAAACUUGCAGAAAAGACGAAGGAAUUGGAAAAGGCCGAAAAAUCUCUGCGUUUGUGUCGAGAUGCCUUAAAUAGAGGAGAUAGGACAAAAGCUUCUUCACAAAACAAACUUAAAAGUACCUAUUCGCGCUCCUCUGUUGAUGCGUCAUUGGUGCAGCGUGAUGACGUAAUACAUGAGUUGAAGCAGAAAGUUUUUGAAGUGGAAAGUGAGAAUGAAGAACUCCAACGAAGGCUGCGUCUCGAAAAAGAUGUACGAUUGCAGGAGCUGGAACUUCAAAAUAAAGAUUUAAAGGAAAGAUUAAGUUUACUUGAGUUGCAACUACGACAUACUCCACCCGAAAAGGAGGAUAACGAUGCCGUCGAUGCUCUGCUGUACGAAGAUCUUGUAAAAAGAAACAGAUCUUUACAAAAUCAAUUGCUGGAAAUUAGAAAGGAAAACAUGGAGAUGCAGUUCAGUCUUGAGGAAGCCAAGAAAGAGAAUCCUCGAUUAAAGGCUCGCGUCGCAGAUCUUCAGGAAUACACAGAAAUAUUAAAGUCGGAGGUGGAGGCGAGCAAGAAGCGAGAAAAAUCUCGAAAGAAAGCUCUGGGUACUGGAAUUGCUGGUCAAAGUGUUGAAGAUAUGGAACGAGUUAUCGCCGCCAUGAGAAGGGUUGUUGAAAGACUACAAACUGAGAAUGAUAAUUUAAAGAAGCAUCCAGUCGAUGGUAACUCCCAACAUAACGAUCUUACCAAAGAAAAUAAAAAACUUAAGCAAGAGUUGCAUAAGUUAAAACAAAGCCACGAAGCUCCACCGCAAAGAAAAGGAAUUGAAAAAAUCUCGAGCAAGUUGGUAGGCGAACAUGAAAAAUUGAGAAAAGAUUACGGUAAAGAGAUCGAAACGAGUAAAAUGUUGAAAGUGAAGAUAGCAGCUUUGGAGAAUGACCUAAAAGAUAAAAACGAUGAAAUAAGGCGGUUAGAAGGAAGACUGCGCGAGGCUGAAAGUCGCGUUCCUAAUCUUGAAGGACUGGACUCUAAGCAGUGGAAAUCUGCUGUCGCGACUCGCAUGUUUGAGCAGAAGGUGAAGUCUUUGGAAGGCGAAUUGGAGAAGAAGACAAAUAUGUUGAAUGACAUCAAGAAACAUUUACGAGGCUCCGUCGACAAAGAAGAGGUUUUCUUAAAGAAACAAUCAGAGUUGGAAGAAAAGAUCGCAAUUCUUGAAAGGUUUCCUACCGAUAUUCAACUUGACAGCAAUCUUGUUAAAGAAAUGCAAAAUAUGAGACUGCGUUUGGCUAGCGUCGAAGCUGAAAAGAAUGAACUCCAUUCUCUUCUUAAACGGAUGAAAGAAUUAAGUGAAGCUGGUCAACUACCUUCGGACAUGGACCAAGAAGAUGUUUUGCGUAGACUAGCGGAUUACGAUCGAAUAUUAAAAAUGAACACUGAACUAGAGAUCAAUUUGAAGACUGUGGAAUUAGAGAGAGAUCGAUUACGCUCAGAAACUAUUAAGUUACGUAAAGAAUUGGAAGCAUUCGACCCAGCCUUCUUCGAGGAAAUUGAAGACUUAAAGUAUAACUUUCAGAAGUCAAUCGAACGCAACGUGUUAUAUGAAAGACAACUUCGGGAGCUAUCCAGAAGGUUUGAAGUUCAGGUCAACAUACCCAGUGAAGACGAUUAUUGAUGUACAUUAAUUACCAUCACAUCUUCACAAUGUCCAUCAUCCCUGUGACUGUCGGUCUUCAUCGUGAGCUCUUAGAUUAGUUAUAUAAAUUUUACUUAUCUUAUAUGUGUAUCGUCUGCUUGCGACUAUAAUUUAUUCUGUAAAUAGUGUUUAUUUCAAAUUCCGCGUUCGGCUUCAAGUCAUCUUUGCUGUUUUAAAAUUUUGUGAAAAACUUAUCGUGAAGGAUUUUUCAGAAAGUGAUGUACACAAGCUCGUACACCCAUUAAUGACGAGUUGUUUUAAGGUUAAUUUGCUCAAUCCUAACCAAUGAGAAAUUUACCUGAUAGCACAGCUGUACGGAGAUAUUAACCACUGGUAUUGACUUGUUUAUACGAACGAUAGGCUAGUUAUAUAUGAGUACGCUUGUAAUGAAUUGUUUAUCUUAGAAUGAAAUACUUUAUGCAGUA